AUGGCGAUCAUUGACCACGAGCUCAGCGCCAAAGUUGCUCAGAUGCUGGAGCAGUUCAAGGUCGUUGCCAGGACCAGAAAGUGCCUUUCCACCAACGAAGCCGUCCGCCAACUUCAGCACGGCAUCACCACCGCCGCGAAGUCUCCACGGUCGCCGAGCAUCAAAUCAGAAGACUUGAGGGACGUCAAGGAAGAGUCCAUCGAGAGUGAUGUGGAGGGCAUCGAGGCCAUUCAGACCACGGUGUCGCCAGCUGAAUCGUCAUCCGCCGCCGCCGAAGUCGCGCUUUGCACGAGACCCAAUGCCAUGGCAGGUUCAGCAACACAUGCUCAAGAAGCUCGUCAGCGCGACAUCACCCUCGCCGCCAUAUUGCAGGCGCGGUGUGCGUGGGUGCGCGCCCACCUUGCGCUCCUUGACCAUCUGGACAUGGAGAAGAAGGAGAAGCAGGAGGAGGCGGCCCGCCUAGUCGGCUUCCUAGACAAGAUGCCUGAAUUUGAGAACAAUCUCCGACGUCCAUGUUGA